CACCAGAAGUACACCUGCACCUUCUGCGGCAAGGAGUCGAUGAAGCGCACCUGCGUCGGCAUCUGGUCCUGCAAGGCCUGCAAGAAGACGGUGGCCGGCGGCGCCUACGUCUUUGCCACCAACUCUGCAGCUGUCCUGACUACUGCCACUGACCAACCGACCACCUCUUCAAUUUUCUCCUCAUCUUCCUCAUCAUCAUCAUCAUCACUCCUCAAAUUGGAGGAGCAUCGUGGGAGCUCAUCUAAGAGCGCUCUCUCCACUGCAGUAAUGCGCAGAUCGGAGAUUCAAGCGCUUAAU